UCCCGAUUUUCUUUUCGCAAUCCUCGCAACUUUUAAUAUACGCCAUCGACAACCCUCUUUCACAUUCAGCCACCAUGGCAGAUAGCGGCAUGCUUAUGAACUUUGAUAUCGGUGAAGCUGCACCCUUGAAAAAGCAGGUUAAGUUCACCGGUGGUCGUUGGAGAGAUCGUGUUCAUGCACAACGAAGCGCCAGGAGGAAUCGAGAUGAAUCUGCGAGCGCAACCAAUGCCACCCCACCAUCAAACGAUCAAAGUCAUGACUUUGAUGAUGAGAGACCGACGAAAAGACUAAAGACAUUUGGUGACACCAAUGGUCAAUCGGACUAUUCUAGAAGACAGGAAACAUCUGGUAAUAGCAACAAACCUGGUGGCAUUACCUCGAGACUCUUUACGUCCAACCCGACCCCGCGAACUGUUUUCGAGGAUCCUGUAGAAGAGUCUGAGCCUACAAAGCCAUCCAAUGCCCCCUUGUCUGAAGAAGCUGAGAACUUCCUUGCCCUCGGACUAUCCCGGCGCAUUGCUCAGCAUCUAUCAUCCAAGCUUGAAUUAAAGGCCCCCACGUCUAUACAAAAGAACACUAUUCCCCAGUUGGUGAAAACCGAUAGCGAUGCCUUCUUACAAGCUCAAACGGGAUCAGGAAAAACCUUGGCCUAUCUCUUGCCUAUCGUGCAACGCAUCGUUUCCUUGAGUCAAGAUGAGGCCGGCGCAAACACGGGAAUACGGAUACAUCGUGAUUCUGGUCUAUUUGCUGUCAUAUUAGCCCCGACGAGAGAAUUAUGCAAGCAAAUCGCUACCGUGCUGGAGAAACUCUUGCGUUGUGCACCUUGGAUUGUCAGUACUACAGUGAUGGGAGGAGAGAGUAAGAAAUCUGAAAAGGCACGUUUGAGGAAGGGCGUCAACAUAUUGAUUGCUACCCCUGGCCGGCUUGCUGAUCACCUCGACAACACUAAAAUCCUUGAUAUUGGCACCGCGAGAUGGUUAAUCCUUGAUGAAGGCGAUAGACUAAUGGAAAUGGGAUUCGAAGAUGAAUUAAAGAGCAUUGUUGGCAAGAUUCGCUCAGAGAAGCUGAAAGAGAGGAAUAAGGAGGGCGUCGAUUUAAGCACUUUACCACAACGGCGCGUCACUGUUCUCUGUUCAGCGACGAUGAAAAUGAACGUACAAAAGCUGGGAGAGAUCAGCUUGGAAGAUGCCAUCCAUGUUACGGCUUCUCAAUUAGAAAAAGAGGAUGACGCGGCAGUUGAGUUGAACGAUGCCGUUUUUACUGCCCCGUCCCAACUCAAGCAGACUUACCUCGUCAUCCCAGCUAAACUAAGACUGGUGACGUUGAUAGCACUUCUCAAAUCAGCCUUUUCCCGCAAGGGCUCGGUCAUGAAAGCCAUUGUUUUCAUCUCUUGCGCCGAUUCUGUCAACUUUCACUUCGACUUACUCCGCUCUUCCACCUCCCAACCCUCUACGUCCGACGACACGAAAGAUACAGUUGCCGAUGCUGCUUACAUUACAUCACCAGCAAAUCCGGACAUCACUCUUCUGAAGCUUCACGGAUCUCUCCAGCAAUCAGUCCGUACAGCUACCCUCGCCGCUUUCCACGCUUCCACAACCCCCUCCGUGCUCAUCACUACCGACAUUGCGUCCCGUGGUCUCGAUGUCCCCGCGGUCGAUCUUGUAAUCGAGUACGACCCCGCCUUCAGUGUCGACGACCACGUUCAUCGCAUUGGACGAACCGCACGAGCAGGCCGAGCUGGCAAGGCGGCACUCUUCCUCCAGCCAGGGUGCGAGGAAGGAUACAUCGACCUCCUAAAAUCCACCACGCCCGUCGCAUCUCAAUCCUACGAGUCUACCCUACAGAAGGGAUUUCUGACGCCUAUCGCGCUGCCUAAACCCAGCAAGACUGCCGAGCAGGCAAUGCUCCUAUCCGAACGACAGACGCCCAACUCCCGCGCCGAGGCCCUUCAAAUACACCUCGAGCAGCGCCUCCUCGCGUCCGAGAAAGAGAAGGAAAACUCCCACCCCAGCUCCAAGCUCCUCGACGCAGCCCGCCAGGCCUUCCGCUCCCACAUCCGCGCCUACGCCACCCACGUCCGCGACGAGCGCGUCUACUUCGACAUCACCCAGCUGCACCUCGGGCACACCGCCAAGAGCUUCGCUCUCCGUGAGGCCCCCGGUGGUAUUGGUGGCGGGCCCUCGAGGAGGACGUUCAAGCCAGGCCAGAAUCACGGCAAGGGACAGAAGAGGAAGAGCGGCGACGGAGACGACGGGAAUGGUAAUGCUAGAGGAGGAGGAGGAGGAGGUGAUGGUGAUGCGGGCACUGUGGAUGAUGGCGCGGCGCGUAGGAUGAGGAUGAAGAUGAAGGAGGUCAUGAGCGCGGCUGGGGAGUUUAAUAUUGGCUGAGGUCUAUCCUAGUACAGUACACAGGCGAAUGUUGGCAGGUUUGGCUUGGCUUGGCUUCGUUGGGCGUUUAAAAAAAAUAGCAUCAUGGCGUGUAGUACGUAUGUAUGUAUGUAUGUAUGUGUAUUGCUUCAAGUAUACACCUACACCUAUACCUAUACCUAUACUGCCUUUAUAUGCCUAUGAAGAAGACAUGGGAAUAACCGUCUAACUACCUAAUACUCUAAACCAAAA